CACUUAUAUGAAUGUUCUAUUAACAAGAGGGCCUCAAAGCUUAGUACUACCGCCCUCAAUAGUUUGUGUUCUCAUUCUCGUUGCCUUUGCCUCCAUGGAAUUGGACAUUGGAGUCACUCACUCAGAUCUGACUCUUGCAGAGUCUUGGUUUGCAUCUGACACAUCUACUGGGUACCUUGAAGAUGCUAUUGCAGGUUGGGGUAUUUGGUGCAAGCAACACAACAUACCAUCCUAUUCUCAAGAUCAAAAGAAAAGCCAAUAUUUGGUUGAUCAGGAGGACUUAUUGCCAACAUUUUCUUCAACUUCCCAAAUCCUUCAUGACCAUAAAAACUUCAGCACUGCCACUAGGGACCUAUCAUCAUCACAAAAUGAUACACAUGCAGCUGCAAUCAAGCAUGAUUCUUCUCAGAGGAGCUAUGCAUCUACAGAGUCCGAUGAAAGGGGUCAUUGGAAGAGAAUAGCUUAUCCAUUUGAGUUGGUGAAGCCUGGAGGAGUUGAAGGGGAAACAACCCUCAAAGAUAUAAAUCACCAGAUGCUGAUGAGUCCAUCAAAGCCAAUUCCACACCCUGUGGGAGAUUCUCUCACUCAUUCAUGCAUUUCAAAUCGUGCUUUUGGAAUUUCAGGUAAAGCAGUGGCAGCUCUUACUAGGAUUCACACUCAGGGUAGAGGCUCCAUCACCAUUAUAAGGACCAAGGGUUGAAGUGAAGUGAAGUGAAAGCUCACUAUUGUAUAAUAGUAUCUCUCUUUGGAUUUUGUGUUAUACUCCUCCUAGUGAUGGCUUGAUAUAGUUUAUACCAUAGUAUGAAAAAAAAAAUGUACUCAAAAACAAAAAAAAAGGGUGUUUACCGAGGCAUGAUGCUAAUUUGAAAUUUUGAAGGGUGAUUUAUGUAGAUGAUAGAAUGGUAGGGGAUUAUUAGGUUUUUGUAACAAAAUAGAAUAGGGCAUUUUAUAUCAUUGGCUAUAUAUUUAUUAGAUUUCUAAACUUAA